AUGUCUAUGCUGGACAUGAGCGAGUUUGGGGAGGCUGCUGAGUACCUCCGGAAGAGCUACACAGAGCAGCUGAAGCUUCAGACAAUCCCCUUCGAUGGAAAGAAGCGUGCUUGGAUCCCGGAUGAGAAAGAAGCUUAUAUUGAAGUGGAAAUCAAAGAAAGCACUGGUGGCAAAGUCACUGUGGAAACCAAAAAUAAGGAAACGCGGGUGGUGAAGGAGGAUGAGCUGCAGCCCAUGAACCCCCCCAAGUUCGACAUGAUUGAGGACAUGGCCAUGCUGACGCACCUCAACGAGGCCUCUGUGCUCUACAACCUGAAGCGCCGCUACUCCCACUGGAUGAUCUAUACCUACUCAGGGCUCUUCUGUGUUACCAUCAACCCCUACAAGUGGCUGCCCGUCUACACGGCGCCGGUGGUGGCAGCCUACAAGGGCAAGCGGCGCACCGAGGCUCCCCCGCACAUCUACUCCAUCGCCGACAAUGCCUACAAUGACAUGCUGCGCAACCGUGAAAACCAGUCCAUGCUCAUCACCGGAGAAUCUGGUGCUGGUAAGACUGUAAACACCAAGCGGGUCAUUCAGUACUUUGCCAUUGUCGCAGCCUUGGGCGACACACCGGGCAAGAAAUUAGCAGCUCUUGCCACUAAAACUGGGGGCACCCUCGAAGAUCAAAUCAUUGAGGCUAACCCAGCUAUGGAAGCUUUUGGCAAUGCCAAAACCAUAAGAAAUGACAACUCCUCGCGUUUUGGCAAGUUCAUCCGGAUCCAUUUCGGCCCCUCGGGGAAGCUGGCCUCCGCAGACAUUGACAUCUAUCUUCUGGAAAAAUCAAGAGUGAUUUUCCAGCAGCCCAAAGAGCGGAGCUACCACAUCUACUACCAGAUCCUCUCUGGGAAGAAACCAGAGCUGCAAGAUAUGCUGCUGCUCUCCCUCAACCCCUACGACUACCACUUCUGCUCUCAGGGUGUAACUACGGUGGACAACAUGGAUGAUGGCGAGGAACUCAUGGCAACAGAUCACGCCAUGGACAUCUUGGGCUUCAGCAAUGAUGAGAAAUACGGCUCCUAUAAAAUAGUGGGUGCUAUCAUGCACUUUGGCAACAUGAAGUUCAAGCAGAAGCAGCGGGAAGAGCAGGCAGAGGCUGACGGCACUGAAAGUGCUGACAAAGCUGCCUACCUGAUGGGAAUCAGCUCAGCUGACCUCAUCAAGGGCUUGCUCCAUCCUCGCGUGAAAGUGGGCAAUGAGUAUGUGACCAAAGGUCAGAACGUGGAGCAGGUUGUCUAUGCGGUGGGAGCCCUGGCUAAAGCCACCUAUGACCGCAUGUUCAAGUGGCUGGUGACUCGCAUCAAUAAGACCCUGGACACCAAGCUGGCCAGGCAGUUCUUCAUCGGAGUACUGGACAUUGCAGGCUUCGAGAUCUUUGACUUCAACAGCUUUGAGCAGCUCUGCAUCAACUUCACCAACGAGAAGCUGCAGCAGUUCUUCAACCACCACAUGUUUGUCCUGGAGCAAGAAGAAUACAAAAAGGAAGGCAUUGAAUGGGUCUUCAUUGACUUUGGCCUGGACCUGCAGGCUUGCAUUGACCUAAUUGAGAAGCCACUGGGAAUCCUGUCCAUCCUUGAAGAGGAGUGCAUGUUCCCAAAAGCCUCCGACAUGUCGUUCAAAGCUAAGCUCUAUGACAACCACCUUGGGAAGUCACCCAACUUCCAGAAGCCCCGGCCGGAUAAAAAGCGGAAGUAUGAGGCGCACUUUGAGCUGGUGCACUACGCUGGUGUGGUGCCGUACAACAUCAUUGGGUGGCUGGACAAGAACAAGGACCCCCUGAAUGAGACAGUGGUGUCUGUCUUCCAAAAAUCCCAAAACAAGCUCCUGGCUUCCCUCUAUGAGAACUAUGUGGGCUCAUCUUCAGAGGAACCUCACAAGCCAGGGACCAAGGAGAAACGUAAAAAGGCAGCUUCUUUCCAAACAGUGUCUCAGCUGCACAAGGAGAACCUCAACAAGCUGAUGACCAACCUGCGCUCCACUCAGCCCCACUUUGUCCGCUGCAUCAUCCCCAAUGAGACAAAGACCCCGGGAGCCAUGGAUGCCUUCCUGGUGCUGCACCAGCUGCGCUGUAAUGGUGUCCUUGAAGGUAUCCGCAUCUGCCGUAAAGGGUUCCCCAACAGGAUCCUCUACGCAGACUUCAAGCAGCGCUACCGUAUCCUGAAUCCAACAGCCAUUCCAGAUGACAAGUUUGUGGACAGCAGAAAGGCCACAGAGAAGCUGUUGAGCUCCCUGGAACUGGACCACUCUCAGUACAAGUUUGGUCAUACCAAGGUGUUUUUCAAGGCUGGUUUGCUGGGCUUGCUGGAGGAGAUGCGGGAUGAGCGUCUGGCCAAGAUCCUGACCAUGCUGCAGGCCAGAAUCCGCGGGCACCUCAUGCGCAUCGAGUAUCAGAAGAUCAUCAGCAGGAGGGAAGCCCUCUAUACCAUCCAGUGGAACAUCCGGGCCUUCAAUGCUGUCAAGAACUGGUCCUGGAUGAAGCUGUUCUUCAAGAUCAAGCCUUUACUCAAGUCUGCUCAGACUGAGAAGGAAAUGUCCAACCUGAAGGAGGAGUUCCAGAAGCUGAAGGAAGCUCUGGAGAAGUCCGAGGCUAAGAGAAAGGAGCUGGAAGAGAAGCAGGUCUCCAUGAUCCAGGAGAAGAACGACCUGACUCUCCAGCUGCAGGCAGAGCAAGACAACCUGGCAGAUGCAGAGGAACGCUGCGACCUGCUGAUCAAGUCCAAGAUCCAGCUGGAGGCCAAGGUGAAGGAGCUGACAGAGCGUCUGGAGGAUGAGGAGGAGAUGAACUCAGACCUCACCGCCAAGAAGCGCAAGCUGGAGGAUGAGUGUGCAGAGCUGAAGAAAGACAUUGAUGACCUGGAGAUCACGCUGGCCAAGGUGGAGAAGGAGAAGCAUGCCACGGAGAACAAGGUUAAAAACCUGAUUGAAGAGAUGGCUGCUCUGGAUGAGAUCAUUGCCAAGCUGACAAAAGAGAAGAAAGCACUGCAAGAGGCCCAUCAGCAGGCCCUGGAUGACCUGCAGGCUGAGGAAGACAAAGUCAACACACUGACAAAAGCCAAGGUCAAACUGGAGCAGCAAGUGGAUGAUCUGGAAAGCUCUCUUGAACAAGAGAAGAAAGUCCGCAUGGACCUGGAAAGAGCAAAGAGGAAACUUGAAGGAGACCUGAAGUUGACCCAAGAGUCUGUAAUGGAUCUGGAGAAUGACAAACAGCAGCUGGAGGAGAAACUCAAGAAGAAAGACUUUGAAAUGAGUCAGCUGAAUUCAAGGAUUGAAGAUGGGCAAGUGACAGAGGCCCAGCUGCAGAAGAAGAUCAAGGAGCUCCAGGCCCGCAUUGAGGAGCUGGAGGAGGAGCUGGAGGCUGAACGCGCUGCCAGAGCCAAGGUGGAGAAGCAGCGGGCAGAAGUGUCUCGGGAGCUGGAGGAUCAGGUGGAGAUGAACAAGAAGCGGGAAGCGGAAUUCCUGAAGCUGCGUCGGGACCUGGAGGAGGCGACGCUGCAGCACGAGUCCACGGCCGCUGCCCUGCGCAAGAAGCACGCGGACAGCGUGGCCGAGCUGGGCGAGCAGAUCGACAACCUGCAGCGCGUCAAGCAGAAGCUGGAGAAGGAGAAGAGCGAGUUGAAGAUGGAGGUGGAUGACCUGUCAUCCAACAUUGAGUACCUCACCAAGAACAAGGCCAAUGCUGAGAAGCUGUGUCGCACCUAUGAGGACCAGCUCAACGAGGCCAAGUCCAAAGUGGACGAGCUGCAGCGGCAGCUGAACGACGUGAGCACGCAGCGGGGCAGGCUGCAGACCGAGAACGGGGAGCUCAGCCGGCUGCUGGAGGAGAAAGAGUCCUUCAUCAACCAGCUAAGCCGUGGCAAGACCUCAUUUACACAGAACAUUGAGGAACUCAAGAGGCAGUUGGAUGAAGAGACCAAGAGCAAGAACGCCCUGGCCCAUGCCCUGCAAGCCUCCCGGCACGACUGCGACCUGCUGCGGGAGCAGUACGAGGAGGAGGUGGAGGCCAAGAGUGAGCUCCAGAGGAACUUGUCCAAGGCCAAUGCAGAAGUGGCCCAGUGGAGAACCAAGUACGAGACAGAUGCCAUCCAACGGACAGAGGAGCUGGAGGAAGCCAAGUAACACUCCCCUCGUUUUUUGGCCACCAGGCUGCAGGAGGCAGAGGAGGCGGUGGAGGCCGCCCAUGCCAAGUGCUCCUCGCUGGAGAAGACCAAGCAUCGACUGCAGACGGAGAUCGAGGACCUCUCGGUGGACCUGGAACGCGCCAACUCAGCCUGUGCUGCCCUGGACAAGAAGCAGCGCAACUUUGACAGGAUCCUGGCUGAGUGGAAGCAGAAGUAUGAGGAGACCCAGGCAGAGCUGGAGGCGUCGCAGAAGGAGUCGCGCAGCCUGAGCACAGAGCUCUUCAAGCUCAAGAAUGCCUAUGAGGAGUCCCUGGACAACCUGGAGACCCUCAAGAGGGAGAACAAGAACCUACAGGAGGAAAUUGCUGAUCUGACCGACCAGAUCAGCAUGAGCGGGAAAACCAUCCAUGAGCUGGAGAAGCUGAAGAAAGCCCUGGAGAGUGAGAAGAGCGAUAUCCAGGCAGCGUUAGAGGAGGCUGAGGGGGCCCUGGAGCAUGAGGAGAGCAAGACUCUGCGCAUCCAGCUGGAGCUGAACCAGAUCAAGGCUGAUGUGGACAGGAAGCUGGCGGAGAAGGACGAGGAGUUUGAGAACCUGAGGUGUGUGUUGAGAGGGCCAGGAGCCCAUACAGUAGCAGGGCAUGGUGAACGGCCAGUUCCUGUGGCACUGACCCUGCUCUGCCUGCAGAACACGGGCCUGAUCAACCAGAAGAAGAAGCUGGAAGCAGACAUCUCGCAGCUGAGCAGCGAGGUGGAGGAUGCGGUGCAGGAGUGCCGCAACGCUGAGGACAAGGCGAAGAAAGCCAUCACAGAUGCUGCCAUGAUGGCAGAGGAGCUGAAGAAGGAGCAGGACACGAGCGCGCACCUGGAGCGGAUGAAGAAGAACAUGGAGCAGACCAUCAAGGACCUGCAGAUGCGCCUGGAUGAAGCAGAGCAGAUUGCUCUCAAGGGAGGCAAGAAGCAGAUCCAGAAGCUGGAGGCCAGGGUGCGAGAGCUGGAGGGAGAGCUGGAUACGGAGCAGAAGAAGAUGGCUGAGGCCCAGAAGGGCAUCCGCAAGUACGAGCGGAGGAUCAAGGAGCUGAGCUACCAGGCUGAGGAAGACCGGAAGAACCUGGCACGGAUGCAGGACCUGAUCGACAAGCUGCAGAGCAAGGUCAAGAGCUACAAGCGCCAGUUCGAGGAGGCGGAGCAACAGGCCAACUCCAACCUGGUGAAGUACCGCAAGGUGCAG